AUGAAUGAAGAAAGUGGGGUACACGUUGUGAAUUCAGCUACCAAUAGCUUUAAAAGAACAAAAAGAAAUGUGAGUUGUAGCUAUUGUGGCAAGGAACACAGACCACGUCAGUGCCCAGCUUAUGGGGAAACAUGUCACAAAUGUCAUAAAAAAGGUCAUUUUUCGUCAGUGUGCAGAUCAAAGCCUGUAAGUAUAGUGAAGUCAGAAGGUCGAGAUGACUCCAUUGAGGAAACAUUUUUCAUCGGCAGUAUUGGCUCCCAUAGUCUAAGCAACGAAUGGAACUCACUCAUUACUGCUGAAAACAAACAAGUCACAUUCACGUUGGAUACUGGAGCACAAGUCAAUAUUCUCCCAUACAGAAUCUUCAAGCAAUUAAAAAGAAAGAAACUUCUCGAAACAACAUCCAAACUUACUACUUACAGUGGAGAAAGAUUGAAGGUUGUUGGCAAAGCACACAUUAAAUGUACUGUUAAAAGUAAGACAGCCAUAAUAGAAUUUCAAAUUGUGGAGACAUAUUCAAAGCCAAUUAUGGGUCUACCAGGCUGCCAACAAAUGAAUUUAAUCAGAAGAGUUGACUUUAUAAAGGACGAUACACUCUCAGGCUACGCAGAUGUAUUUACUGGCUUAGGCUGCAUGGAAGAGGAAUAUAAUAUACUAUAA